CGUUUGGUUUCGAUGAGAACGUUUGUGAAUCUGUUUGUGACCCUAAAAUUCAGCCUAAACUUCCACACCAAAGCUACAGAGAUGGCGCUCAGUGAUGCCGACGUACAGAAACAGAUCAAACACAUGAUGGCCUUUAUUGAGCAAGAGGCCAACGAGAAGGCAGAGGAAAUCGACGCAAAGGCUGAGGAAGAGUUUAACAUCGAGAAGGGACGACUUGUGCAAACACAAAGGCUGAAGAUAAUGGAGUACUAUGAGAAGAAAGAGAAACAGAUUGAACAGCAAAAGAAAAUUCAGAUGUCCAAUCUGAUGAAUCAGGCCAGGCUGAAGGUUCUCAAGGCUCGGGAUGACAUGAUAUUGGAUCUUCAAAACGAAGCCCGAACGCGGUUAUCUGUGAUCGCUAAAGACAAGGCUCAGUACAUGUCUCUGUUAGAAGGACUCGUUCUGCAGGGAUUUUAUCAGCUGCUGGAACCGAAGGUGACGAUUCGCUGUCGUAAGGAUGAUGUGGCCAUGGUGGAGGAUGGCAGGGAUGGCGGUACGGACGACUCCAGGGACAGCGGUCAAUCACGAGCAUCUGUGGGCUCAUGUGUAUGUGGAAGGGGGCAGAUUCAGGUUAGAGAGAGAGAGGCUGCUGUGCAGAAAAAUAUCCCCAUCUACAAAGAAACUGUGAAGAGUAACAUCGAAGUCCGCAUCGACAAGGACAACUUCCUCUCCCCUGACAUCUCAGGAGGUGUGGAGGUCUAUAACGCGAACGGAAAGAUCAAGGUGGCCAACACUCUGGAGAGCAGACUGGAUCUCCUGGCUCAGCAGAUGAUGCCUGAAAUCCGAGUCUCUCUAUUCGGCGCCAACCAGAACCGCAAGUUCAUGGAUUAACGAAUAGUGUGACCAAAGGAAUAGAAAUGAAUUAGCCUUAUAACCUCACUGUGACUGUCUCUGAGUUUUUAUGCAAGGUGUGUAAGAGAUCGCUGUCCCUCUG